UAUGGAUACCUGACAUGGGAAUGGACAAAUAGCUUAAGGGGCUACUCGUACCCACUGAUCUUUGCAAGCAUCUACAAAGCGUUACAGCUGCUGGCUAAGGAUGAUGUUCAGCUGCUGAUCUGGGUCCCUAGGCUUGCACAGGCAGUGUUGGCUGGGUUUGCUGACGUGAAGCUUUACUCACUAGUGCAACACCUUGAAAAUGCAGAAACAGCAAAGUGCGUGCUCUUCUGCCAGCUGUGUUCCUGGUUUACAUGGUAUUCCUGUACCAGAACUCUAACAAACACCAUGGAAACUAUUCUUACCAUUUUUGCUCUUUCCUACUAUCCCAUAAAAGGCUCCAAGAUGGGAAACAGUUGCAAAUAUCUAGCUUUGGUAGCCCUUGCAAUUGUUGUUCGUCCCACUGCUGUUAUCCCAUGGAUGCCUUUGCUCUUCAGUCAUUUUCUGCAAGAACAGAGGAAAGCAGACCUAAUCCUACACAAGUGCAUUCCAGUUGGAUUGGUCACAGUAGGAACCUCUUUAAUAAUUGACCGUGUGUUUUUUGGUGAGUGGGUACUGGUUCAACUGAACUUCUUGAAAUUCAACGUGCUGCAGAAUUUGGGAACAUUUUAUGGAUCUCAUCCUUGGCACUGGUACUUCACUCAGGGACUACCAGUCAUCUUGGGUACCCACCUGCCUUUCUUUAUUCAUGGCUGUGUGCUGGCACCAAAAAGAUAUCACAUCUUUCUCCUGGCAGUGAUUUGGACAGUGGUGGUGUACAGCACACUAAGCCAUAAGGAAUUCAGAUUCAUCUAUCCAGUACUGCCAUUCUGCAUGUUUUUUUGUGGAUAUUCUUUGAGACACCUGAAAGCAUGGAAGAAAUCUGCAGCGAGUUUCCUGCUCUUAUCCAACUUGCUCCCAGCCCUGUACACAGGCCUGAUUCACCAGAGAGGCACUCUGGAUGUUAUGAGUCACAUACAGCAACUCUGCAAUAACUCUUACCAGUCAGAAGCUUUUGUCUUCAUCAUGAUGCCAUGCCACUCUACUCCAUUUUACAGUCACGUUCACUGUCCUCUAAAAAUGAGAUUCCUGGAGUGUCCCCCAGACCUAACUGGCAAUGAGAGCUAUAUUGAUGAAGCAGAUGUGUUUUACUCUAAUCCCCUUGGCUGGCUGAGUAAGGAGUUUUACAAUGACACGUUAUUACCCAGCCACUUGAUCCUCUUCAAUGUGCUAGAACAGGAAAUAUCAUCAUUUCUAGCUUUAAGAGGCUAUGAGAAAACAGCCACUGUCUUUCACACUCAUGUACCUCAAGGACGAGUUGGAAGCCACAUCUACGUCUACAGGAGGAAAACUGAAAUGAAUCAUACCUGAAGAUCAGUUUCUAGACCUAAGGCCUAACGAGAUCAGUUUUGCAUAGCAGUAACUAUGCUUAGAAGACUUCGUACUGCAGAAAGGAGGGAGCAGUGAGUCUGAAACCAGGAAAGCUGAAUGGGGAGU